UCCGUCCCGGGGACACUGCUCUGCACCAACCGCCGCCUCGCCUUCCUGCCCGGCCAGGCUCCUGGCUCCCGUGGCCUCCUCCGCUCUGAGGACGAGGUGGCCCUGCCCUGCAUCCACAAGCUGGUGGCAGCCAGCAGCUUCUCCAAGCCCAAGGUGCUGACGGCCGCCUCCACCCUCAAAUUCAUCCCCGAGGAACUCGCCGUCUUCUGUCGGGAUUUCCGCCUGCUCCAUUUCUACUUCCCCGAGAACGGGUUGGCUCCGCAGGCAUUCCGGGUGGCCAAUGCCAUCGCACAGGCACGGGAGGCAGCUGAGUGGGAGGGGGACGCUGCUGAGGGACACGAUGGCUGGUCCUGCCCUGGCGAAGCCCCCCCGGAGGAGGACGAGGACGAGGAGGAUGAGGAGGAAGGCUCGUCCACCAUGCUGCUCUUCGAGAGCCUGUGGGACUGGGAGAAGGAGCUGCAGCGUCUCGGCACUGCGGGCUGGAGGGUGAGCACCAUCAAUGAGCGCUUCGACAUGGCCCCCAGCCUCCCCCAGUACCUGUGGGUGCCCAGUGGGCUUCUGGACCACGACCUCAAGCAAACUUUUGUCCACUUCCAGGAGCGACGGGUGCCUCGCCUGUGCUGGCACCACCCGGGUGGGGGGGACCUGCUGAGAGCCGCCAGCUUUCACCCAGCCUCAGAGCCAGGCAGCGAGGACAUGAGGUGCCUGGAAGCGCUGCUCCUGGGGGACCGUGGGCCCUGCAUUUUGGCCGACACGGCCGAGCUGCCCACGCUCGCUGACAUCCAGCUCGCUCACCUGAGGCUGCGGGCACUCUGCCUGCCUGGUGCGGUGGCAGAGGAGAAGUGGCUCUCAGCCCUGGAGGGGACACGCUGGCUGGACCAUGUCCGCACCUGCCUGAGAAAAGCUGUGGAGUUGGUGUUGCUGCUGGCAGGGAAGCGCUGCUCUGUGGUCCUGCAAGAGCCCUCGGAUCGGGACCUGAACUGCCUCCUGGCCUCUCUGGUGCAGCUCCUGGGGGACCCCCAUGCCCGCUCCCUGCCUGGCUUCCAGAGCCUGGUGCAGCGGGAGUGGGUGGCAGCUGGACACCCCUUCCCGCGCCGCCUGGGGCUGCUCUGCCGGGACUCUCCUCGGGAGGAGGCCCCCGUGUUCCUGCUGUUCCUGGACUGCACGUGGCAGCUCCUGUGGCAAUUCCCGGCAGAUUUUGGCUUCACUGAGGCUUUUCUCCUGGCGCUCCACGACAGCAGCUUCAGCCCCUACUUCAGCACUUUCCGCUUCAGCUGCCAGCGCCAGCGGGGCCGCAGCAGCAUGCCCCAGCUCCCCAGCCAGACCUACUGGCCUGUGGGGGGCUGGCAGGAUCCUGGGGGGCACAGGGGAGGCCCCCGCACCUGCACCUUCCCCCCAGUCUGGGCCUGGGGGCGGCGCUACACCCGGCAGCAGCAGGAGCAAUUCCGGAACCCUAUGGGACCCCCGGCCCCUGCUAAGUCCCUGGCCCCAGGCGCGCCUGGAGACCCCUGCCCGCAGGGGGGACCCAGGCUGGUGCUGACGCUGGCUAAGGGCUCGUUGUGCCCCCACCCCCUGUCCAAGUCCAGGGUCCUCCCACACCCCGUUCCACGGAUGGGUAGCGCCGUCACCCCUGUCCCCGCACCCCGGGCCUGA